UUUGUAGGAACUGACCGCCACAUCCUCAAAGAUCUCGGCAUGUGCAUGCUGGUCAGCGCUGUGCAUGCUGGUCAGCGUGAGUUAGCCGAUGGCGCUUCGCCAGCAGCUGCAGAAGCAGCUCUUUCAGGUGGGCGCAGAGAAGCAGCGGGGCAGCCUGUUCGGGCGACUGAAGCGCUCUGCCUCUGCAGAGGAGACGUUAACGAUCGUGGAUCACUUGCUCUAUGAAGACCUGGUCUUCCAUCACAGGCACUUCACCCUGCUGCUGAACUCCUUAGGGCGUCGCUCCCUUUGGAGGACGUCCCUGCAGCUCUUGCCAGAGAUGUGGCAGAGGGACUUGGUGCCCAACAGCAUCAGCUUCAAUGCGGCCAUGGACGCGUGCCAAAAAGGUGCGGCUUGGCAACAUGCCACCAGCCUGCUGAAGGAGAUGGAGUCUGAGGAGAUGGGUAUUCCAUCGCCCGAUGUGGUGAGCUACAGCACUGCCAUGAGUGCCUGUGCCAAGGCAGGCAACUGGGAGAUGACCUUGGGUUUCUUCGUUUCCAUGCAGCAACGCCUCCUGUCACCUGACGCGACGUCGGUGUCCAACGUGGUGACCGCUUGCAGCAAGGGCGAACAUUGGGAGUUGGCGAUCCAAUUGAUGGAAGACCAUCAGUGCAGGCGAGGUGAAAUGGACCUCGUGUGUCACAACGCGAUGAUCCAUGCUAUGUGCAGUGGCAAGCGAUGGCAGCAGGCGGUGGACCACUUUGACCAAUUGCCUUCCGCGGAUGUGGUGAGUUACAACACUACCAUGAUGGCGCUGAGUGAAAGCCAGGAAUGGCAGAAAGCUUUGGAGCUUUUCCAGCAGCUGAAAAGACAUGGGCCCUUGCCCACCACCAACAGCUUCAACAUCGCCAUGGAUGUGUGGUCGCAGCACGACCCCAGUGUGGACUGUGCGAAGCAGGUGGACCAACUCCAGGCGGAGAUGCACCGGAGCUCUGUCCCGUUGGCGCAGGACACCUACCGUAUCAUGAUCCAAGCUCAAGCGGCUGGCGGCCAUUGGCCGAAAGUACUGGCACUGCUACAGGAAGCUGGGCGCCUCGAACCAGUGGAACGUGACACAUCGAUCUGCGGCUUGGGCGUUUUGUCCAAGAUCCCUGAGGCCAAAGACAUCAUGCUGCAGCUGGCCAGGCAAGCGGAAUUGCUUCGCAAAAAGACGAAGGGAUCGCUGCGCAAUGCUGGCCAACGGCCUCAAGCCUUGCCUGGGGUGAGCCGGCAACGGCGCGAGGAGCUGGAUAUUGAAUCCUUCGGUGGGAUGCCUAAGGACUUGGGGGAGGAGCUCUAUAGGCCUCGGCUGCGACCCUGUGCUUGCGGAUGUGGACAGAUGGUCUUAGGGGAAUGGACCUGUGAUGGUGAGAUCGCACCUUUGCGCUCCAGUGACGUGCACGCUGCCGUGGCCCGAAGCGCGCCCCAGAUGAGCCUUGCCGAACAGCAAGCUUCCGUGGCACGGCUGACGCGGCGCAAGACCCCGACGACGUCGCCGUCGGCACAGGAGAAGACUCCAAGCCCCAGCCCCAAGAGGAGGAUCGACCGACAGAGGUUAGAGCUCAUCGCCUUACCUCGCGAGCUGCCGCCGCCGCCGAAGCCGCCGGAGCCCAUCAAGGCUCGACCAGCGCCAGCCCGGCCGCAGGCCGUGGCCACCAGCGCCUCUGAGCCUGUGCUUCACCCUGGGGCAGCCGCAUUCUUGGCUCCGCCGCGACGGAAGGUGGUGAAGCUCACCCCUCAGCGGUCCAUGCUGCCUGGCCUGGGCUCCCUGCUCUUCAAAGCCUCCCUGGUGCGCUCCAUUUCGAUGCGCGACGAGAAACAGUGCACUCUGACGACGUAUGGUACAGGUAUGGAAUGUUUAAUCCGCUUGGUCUCCACACGGAUCCGGCGUUGGGAUAGCCCAGUGGAGAGGAUGCGAUUAAUGACUGGCUGCAGCAGCGGGACGCAGAGCUCUUUGCCCCUUGGAGAGUCGCACGUCGUCCCGGCCGCGACCGCUCAUGGAAGACGGAAUGUCGAUCAUUCAGAUGAGAAGCUGCAAGACGUCGAGUUCUACGCAGAAUGGACUUCGCACCUGCUAUCAGCGAUUGCAAUCGUAUCGAGGAUUGGCACGGAUGGGAGAACUUUGAUUCAUAAAACUGUCAGCUGGGACUAUGUUGCAGCAGCAUGGUACCACGACACUGGAGUGGACAAAUGGUACCACAUCAUCACAGGAAGAUUCUGUGCAACGCAUCAUCCUGGAAGUGCGUUGAGCGCCACGUCAUUGCGAGCGCACAUGCAGGACUGGCUCAAUCGCCUUCAGGUGUUGCUGGACAAUGCCGUGGACGGAGAGCACAAAGCGUGGUUUCCAAAAAAGGACUCGCCAUCGAACAAGACCAAUGGUCAGUCGAUCAACGACCUGGCGGUCGCCCGGUACAAAGAAACCGGAUCCAUCGACCAAUUCUUGCAGGAGAGCGACCAAAAGCUCUUCGACCUCUUGGAGGAUUGGCUCUCACGCUUUCAGCUCUUCUUCUUGGACGGUCAGGCGGAGACGCCUCAUCAUGCCGAGGCGGAGAGUGCCUGCGGCUCCAAGCAACUGCGCAAUAAGGAUGGGGACUUCCCCUCCGAAAGCGGACGCAAAGAGAGCAACUUGCAGUCCUUCCAUGGUUUGAAAGCGCUUCACAACAGCAGCACUGGGAGCAGCAUGAACCUGGUGAACAUGUACAGCCUCGACGAGGAGGAGACGAAGGAGGUGAGCUGCCGACAGAUGUGCAUGGACAUGGACUGGCCCAUGCGUUCAGGCGAUCCGGUUCCUCCCUUGCCAUUCGCCUGGCAACGCUACCUGUACCCUUAUGUCUUCUCAUGGAUGUUCGAAGCCUUCUUUGGAUUUGUCAUCAUCAGCAAUUCCAUUUUCUUGGGCAUCCAAGUGGAACUCACGGCCAGUCACCCAGGAGCUCCUCCGAGUGAAGCCAUGUUCGUGAUCGCCUCCAUCUACACGCUGCUCUUCACCGUGGAGCUUCUUUUGCGUCUGUUAGUGGGUGGCGUGCGUACAUGUACCCAAGACUGGGCCUGGCUGGCACUAGAUAUUUUGGUGGUCGCCUCCAGCCUUAUGGAGUUCAUCCUGGAAAUCAUCCUCCGUGGUGAGGAACAGUCCGCCACGCAGAACGUCAGCACCAGCAUGCGCAUGGUCCGAAUUCUGCGGGUGGCCAAGAUCACUCGCGCGAUCCGAGUGGUGCGUUUGGUCAAGUUCAUUCGCUCAUUGAAGACUUUGCUGUAUUGUAUUGGGCGGACGUUGCGUGCGAUGGCCUGGUCGGGAGUUCUCCUGAUCAUGAUCAUUUUCCUGUUCAGCUUGAUCUUCACCGACAUUUGCACGGAGUGGCGAGUCGAUGAGGUCAAUGCCACCGAGGACCCAGCGACGUGGAAAAUCGUGACGGAACGCUUCGGGACCUUGGGCCUCUCUUGGCACACCUUGCCACUCUCCGGUGGCCUGACGUGGAUCGAAGUGUCGGACGCCUUGGCCCGAAUCUCGCCUCUGUGGCAGAUGCUCUUUGAGGUUUACAUUGCCUUCUGCCUCUUCGCGGUGCUUGGGCCAACGAUCGGCCCGUUCUGCCAGUCGGCCAUCGAAAGUGCCGAGCGCGAUCACGAGCUGAUUCUGCAGAACGUGGCACAUGAGAAGGCUAAGUACUUCCGUGCGGUGCGGCGGCUCUUCAACCAGCUCGACCGCAACGGAGAUGGAGGAGUGUCCAUCAAAGAGUUCAAGCAAGCCAUGAAGGACCCCUCGCUCCAUGCCAUCUUUGACGCACUCGAGAUCAGUGCAGGUGAUGCAUGGGCUCUCUUUACCCAGUUGGAUCGCGAUGGAGAUGCGGAGGUGAAUGUGGACGAAUUCCUCGAGGGCUGCAUGUUGUUGAAGGGGCCAGCGAGGUCCAUCGAUGUGAUCGGCAUCAAGAGAGACCUCAUGAGACUUCAAGACAGGAUGGAUACCUAUGUCAACGACGUGAGCGACGUGAAGCGCAUCGUGAGCCGACCCCUGAAGAUCUCCACACGGUCUAUGGAACAAAAGUUGAAGGGGCUAAGCAUAGCGUUUGACGCCGGGUUCGAGUCCGCGAGUCCGGCGGUGAGCGUGCCAGCUCUUAGCUCGGAAUCGACCUUGGAAGGUACCCGAGCCUCCAAAGAGACCUUGGAAGGUGCCGAGUUGACGGCCAAGGCGUUGCCCAACCGCUUGGCUACGGGCGCAGUGGUCGAGGAGGAGAAGAUCGUUGGAGUGAGAGGCUACGACCGUCUCAGCUACCGGAAGCUCCUGGGCGCUGGGCCCGAGCUGGGCUGGGUCAGUCUUCAAGCCAACGGCGUGCCACUUCUUCAGCUCCUGCCACCGGCACCCGACCUGCCGCGCGCGCGCACGCUGCGGCGGAGAGGAGAGGACGAGGCGCCAGGCUCUCCUGCUUGGGUCGAGGAGACCCGCUACCGCGAGAUUGCAUCGAUCCGUUUCAUCUUGGAUGCGCCCUGCGAGGAGGUGGCUGUCGCCCUGUCUGCUGCACUCCACGGCGCUCCCGGCCGCAUCGACAUGCAGCGGGAGAUCUUUGCUGCAGGGCAGCUGCAGCUUCGAGACCCACCAGAGCAAGAACAGACAGGCCUACCACUGCCCGUGCCCAUGUCGCCCCAAUGGCGUGAGACCGCCUUUGCCACCACGGACUUCUCCGAAGAAACCGUUUGGAAUGGCAGCGUGGGCAACUCCUCAGCCUCCUUUUCGCUGGGCCUGAGACCUCUCUGGAGUGAUGAGCUUUGCACCUAUCAGGAGGAGGCUUCCGAACUGGAGGUGGUGGUGAGAGCCAGUCGCCCUGGCCGCUCCCCGGCCUUCGAGUUCAGCUGCCCCAGACGCAUCCGCUCGGUGAUCCGCGUCACCGAAGAGACCUGCGAGCAUCCACAGAAGUUGUUCCACCUUCAGGUCCUUUGCAGUCGCAUUAAGGAGGCCAUCAAAUUAUCCUUUGACGAGACGCAACGUGAAGCCCUAGGACUUGCGUAUGACCUCGACAGCAUCCACUGCAGCUGCGGUGUGCGGCCCACCUCUGACGGUCGCGCAGAAGUGUUCCGGCAGCUCUUCGGCGGCUCCGCGCUGGCUGAGACGCAGCCGGGGCCACGGCCAACUGGGCGCCCGGACUUCGAUUACGAUCCCAUUGCGUUGCUGGCAAGUCAAGUCCUGUAUAUGUUGGACAUCGAAACUCGGGUUUGGGCCUCCAUCCAUGGCUUUCCUUUGGUCGAGCUCUGGCGCGGUCUUCGUCGACCCUUCCAGUGGGCAACCUUCUCCGCGCUGAGCUCUGCCGCGUCACACCUCUUCGCGCUGGGCUCCGCGGCGGACGCGGCCAAAGAGCUCCGACAGGGCGACAUCUUUGACAUGCGGGUGGCAAAGGAGCUCGAGCAACUGGUGCCCCACUGCAAGAACGAGAUCGGCAAGAAGCAGGGCCAAUUCACGGAAGGCUCGGUGGACGUGGUCAGCUUCGCAGAGCUUUUGCAGCGGAUUUGCCGCCGUGCCGACCCCCAGGCCGAUAUCUACCGCAGCUUCGCCGACCUGGGCAGUGGCCGCGGCCAUGCGGUGCUGGCGGCGCACGCGCUGUUUCCCUUCCGGCACUGCGUCGGAUAUGAGAUUGACAAAGAAGCCAUGGCUGCGGCCUACAAGGAGUGGAUUGGUCAUGGAUGCCAAAAGCUCCAUGAACCCUUUGAAGCUCCUGGAAGCCUCGGACUUUUUGCAUCCAAUCAGCUCCAGUCACUGGACCUCGGCCUCGGUCGUCUUCGCCAACGGCGUCACCUGGCCCUCGGAACUUCUGGCCGAGAUUGGUCAAUUGGCCUUAAAGCUGAAGAAAGGUGCAGUCUUGGUCCUAGUGGCCCGACGCUUGCCAGCGGACGACUUGGAGCUCCUGCAACGCUUUGA